UUUUUAAAGAUAACAAAGAAUCGCCCUUCUUUCAUUCUAUUGAUCUCCUGUUCAAAAAUCUCUCUUUGCUCUGUCGCUUUGUUUUCGAUCAAUCAUGAUGGCGGAUCUUUCUCAUCUCGAGAAGAUGGGAAGAGAGCUCAAAUGCCCUAUCUGCUUGAGCCUCUUGAAAUCGGCAGUUUCCCUUGGAUGCAAUCACGUCUUCUGCAACGCGUGUAUUACUGAAUUGAUGAAGUCGGCAUCGGAUUGCCCUGUCUGCAAAACUCAAUUUCGUCGAAGAGAGGUUCGCGCCGCUCCUCAUAUGGAUAAUUUGGUGACUGUAUUCAAAAGCAUGGAGGCUGCAGUCGGAGUAAACAUUUUAACCACCCAAAUAGGGCCUUCAACCAAAAAUCCAGGUGAUAUAGAGAAGAACUCUGAUGCAGAAGAGGCUACAUUAGAACAUAAAGGAAGAUCAAGGAAGAAGAGACCAAGUGGCAAAAAGAGUCAGAAAUCGGAAAAGGCUGAUGCUAUGUCAGCUGAUUCAUGUCAAAUAGCAAAGCCUUCUUUCCCUGCAAAGAAACGGAUACACGUGACACCAUAUCCCGUCGCUGAGACACCACAAUCACCCAUAAAGGUCUCUAAACUAGCAAGUAAAGGCAAUGAAUUAGAGACUACUAAGUUGCCUAAUGAAUGUAAAAUGAUAGCUUUGGACGAACAAGGAGAUACUUCACUUUCACCUUUUUUUUGGUUGAGAGAGGAUGAUGAGGAUGAAAAUGGCAAGGCCUCUGGGGAACCAAGUGGCCAGCCAACAGCAUAUGCAUCCCAAUCUAAUGUUGCUCCUUGCUUCAGUGACAUCAAAGAUUCAGAAGAUGAUACAUCUCCUAUAAAGUUGGCUCCUACAAGUCAAUUUAAUGCUGAAGAAGCUUUUGAUAGCGAAAUGUUUGAGUGGACUCAGAGAGCUUGCUCUCCUGAGCUCUGCUCAACUCCUUUGAAGAAACAGACGGCAGGUAGGACUAAACUCGAUGCUUUCCAAGAAAAAGACCGUCUGCAACAAACUCAAAAGAUGUUCAACAGCAAAGUUAACCAUGAUAAGCCUGUGGAAUGCUCGAAAACUGAUCAAGAAACUAUUAAUGAUAAAAAACCUAGAGCGCUACUUGUAAAGAGAGGCGGCACUACAAAUAAGAAGAGGCUAGCAAAAACUACAGGAAAGCAUCCGAAGAAAUGUAGUAACAUUGAGCAUGAGGCUGAAAUUCUAAUUGAUAGUGCAGAGGAAGCUAAGGAUUCAAGUAAGAAAGAUGAGGAUGCAGAACAGAGAGAAAUUCCUAAUUGUGAAAGAAGAAUUAAGAAGAGGGGUAAAAAGUCCACUAAAACUUGCCCAAACAAGAAUAUUUCAGAUGUAGCUGAAGCACCACUGGAGGUCCAUGCCAAAUCUACAGAGAGAAUCCAAAAUGAGGAUGCAGACUUCAUGGAAAUAUUGCUGCCUGUCUUGAAAAGCAAUACAGCUGAGAAAAUUGUGGAGCUGAAUAUGCAAGAAAAGACGAAGAAAACUAGAAAUCAGGCCACGUUACCCAAUAAAAAGCGCAUGAAGCUAUCAAUGGAUAAUGAUACGACUAAGACACCAGGUGAAGUUCCUGGUAACGCUAACGAUGAAGCAAAUACCCAUAUUCAAGAAAAUCAAAAGACGGUCAAUAAUCAAGUCUUCCCAUCAAAGCAUAGUGAAAAUGACGAAGUUGUUGGAAAUGGAAGCCAUAGAAGUAGACUGGAGAUUCAAAAUAAGGCAGUAGGAGAAUCAAAAGGAAAGAGAAAAAGGAAAAUCCAAGCUGUUAAGUUUGCAAUGGAUAACAAUAAUAGCAAAGUUCAUGUUGUUUUGCCUGAAAAUAAUGGUGGUAAAAGAAAUCAGUCCAAUGGUUUGGCAGAGAAGACCUUAUCAAGCGGUAAACAGAUAUCUUCCAACAAUGGAGACAUCUUGAGGAAAUGUGGAAAUCUUCAGAUUGUAUGUGCUUUCUGUCAAAAUUCCAACAACACAGAGGAAUCUGGAGAGAUGGUGCACUAUUUCAAUGGCAAACCAGUGGCAGUAGAUUACAAUGAAGGGGUCAAUGUGAUACAUUCUCACAAACACUGUACUGAAUGGGCCCCUGAUGUAUACUUUGAAGAUGAUUUGGCUGUGAACCUAGCUGCUGAAUUAUCACGAAGUAAGAGGAUAAAAUGCUGCUGUUGUGGCAUCAAGGGAGCUGCUCUUGGGUGUUAUGAGAAAAGCUGUCGCAAAAGCUUUCAUUUUACUUGUGCUAAAUUGAUUCGAGAAUGUCGAUGGGAUAAUGAUAAUUUUGUGAUGCUUUGCCCACUUCAUUCCUCAUCCAAAUUGCCAAGUGAAUCUUCCAAAACCCUCGAGCAAAAAAGAAAGAAGCGCACCGCAAACAUAGAAUUAAAAGCUAGCAAUCGCAAAAAUAACUACGAUAAGAUUCAGAAUUGGAUAUGGCCUUCAGGAUCACCUUGCAAGUGGGUUCUUUGCUGCUCAGCUCUGACUGCUACAGAGAAGGACAUAAUAUCUGAGUUCACGACGUUAACCGGUGUAGCCAUCUCAAAAGCUUGGAGUCCAGCAGUCACUCAUGUCAUUGCAUCUACUGACGAGAAUGGUGCGUGCAAAAGAACCCUCAAAUUUUUGAUGGGCAUACUAGAAGGGAAAUGGAUACUAGGCAUUGAAUGGAUCAAAGCAUGCCUGAAAGCAAUGAAACCUGUCGAGGAAGAAAAAUACGAGAUUGCAGUUGAUGUCCAUGGAAUUCGGGGAGGUCCUAGACUAGGAAGAUUGAGGCUCAUCCAUAAGGAACCAAAACUCUUUGAUAAUUUUCGAUUUUAUCUUGUUGGAGAUUUCGCCGCAUCAUAUAAGGGGUACAUUCAGGAUCUUGUCGCUGCCGCGGGGGGAACAGUUUUACAUAGGAAACCGCUUACAAUGGAUCAAGAGAAGUUGUUUCAUAAUAAUACUUCAUUAUUGGAAACCUUAGUAGUAUACAGUGUUGAGAUGCCUGGGAAGCAGAACAGAAGGGCUGCGGGCGUUAGUACCAGGCGAGUCGAAGCACAAGCUCUUGCUGAUGUUUGUGGAGCCAAAGUGGCAGCUAGUUCAUGGAUUAUAGACUCCAUUGCUGCAUCCAAAUUGCAGCCCAUAAAUUGAAAUUUUAAAUUACAUACCAAAAAAGCAAUGUUGUCUUCUAGAGCUGUAUGAGUUCUAGUUUCCUUUAUAGGUAAAAUCAGCUAAAGCUUAUGUAUUUGUGUUUAAAAAAAACUCAAUAAGUUUGUGAGAUCCCAUUGUCUGUGAA